CAUGUAUAUUGUCUAAACAUUUAUCAGUAAUGGUUUGAAUUAAGUUGUGUUAACUUCACCAAAACAAUUUGACAUCAAUGGAUCCUCUAACACUGAAAGUGUAUAUUUGGAUGUUUUUUAACACUGUAAUAAGGGACCAAAAUAUUACAUUUCCCGAUGUGUCCCGGACGUUUUCAGACGAUGUUCUAGGUACCUUGAAUCUAACUAAUAUUCUUGGAACUGGCUUGGAAACCAUAACAAAUAGUGUACAAAAUAUGGAAGCAACUGAAGACGAAGACGGAAACAAUAAUCUGUGUGUCCUUUUUCCCGCAGAACAUCUAGAAUUGACACUGAACUAUGAUGCAGACAUUGGCAUCGAUGAUGAACUACCAAUUUAUGGAAAUGGAUAUUUAUUAUUUAGACUAGAAAAUAUCGCUUUCAACGCUUGCAUGUUUAUAAAUCAUGAUGAAAAUUAUAUUGACGAUGUUGUGGUUAAUCUUUUAUACCGACACACACCUUUGGAGUUGACAGGAUUUUGGAGAAACAAUGAGGUCAGCAUCAUAUUAACGCGUCUAUUAAAUAUCGCCAACAGAUAUAUUGCUAUGUGGAAUAAUUAUGAGCCGGAACGUACUUCUUGUCUUUGGAGUCCACUGUUCUCAUAUGCGCUAAAUGUUUGGUUUGAAAAUAAAAAUGCUUCCCUUGAUUUUGACCCUUUAUGUGUGAAGGAAAUCAUUUCUGAUGUAGAAGAAGGGAACAGCGGAGCAGAGAUAGAAGAAGAAAUUUUAAGAAAAAUGUUGAAUGCUCAAAAAAGUGAUGGUAACAAUGAAUUCCAUGAGUUAAUUGAAAAUGAUAAACCCAUUAUUCUGCCAAUAAUUAAAUAUUUAAGGCAAUUUGGUAUGAGAUAUAUAUAAAUAUCUAUAGUAUUUUUGUUCCUCAAUUUUAUCAUUAUUCAAUUUAAAUUAUUUAACAUAUUCCAUUUAUUUAAUCUUACUUUCAUUUUAGUAAUUUAUAUGUAUAUGUUCUCGAUUUAUUAUAAUCCAUCAAAAAUAAUGUAAAAAGGUUAUUAAAAGAUAAAUCUUUGUGUUU